AGACGGUUGUAUUAUCUGAACAGAUCCGUCUGUGCAGAUCCAUGAUGGAUCCGCACCAAACGUGAGUGUGUAAGUAGCCUAAUAUUCAAUGGAUUCAUGAUGGGGUAUGAUGUAUUCCAGUGUACACCCCCUGUCAGAGAGCCCAGCUGAAGUCUAAAACACACUGGGGGAGAUUUAUUAAACUGGUAGUUGCCCAUAGCAACCAGAUUCAUUUUCAGCACUCCUCUGUAAAACGAAAGGUGGAAGCUGACUGGUUGCUAUGGACAACUAAGCCAGUUUUGCUCAAUCUCCCCCAGUGUGACCCCAGUCAUGGACUAUAGGGAUGCACAGCAUCAUGUUUCCUGGCAAAAAAAUAUAUAUUUUUGUGUGAUUAUUUUGCCACGAAACUGAGCUCUCAUACAUCACGUGGCCCCGGAGUCUUUCUCCAGACUGCUGAUGUUGGUGUCAGAGGUGACCUUGACAACCGCCCUUCUGCUGGCGGCAGGGUCCAUUUCUCCGUAGGGAUGAGGCAGCUAGGAACUGGCGCCCCCUUUCUCUCUGGCGCCGUUGGUUUUGCCCGUCCCUCUGCGCGUCCCUGUUGUUUCGCGGGAGCAGGAAGCGCGCGUCACCCGGUUCUAGUAAUUGGCCGCCCCUAGUCAGUGACGGGAGGGGCCGCCGGGAAACGUCACACGUAUUCUUAUCAUUUAUGUCCGCCGGGAGAGCUUCAGAGGUACUAAUGAGCAUGCAUCACCGCAGGAAACAACGAUUAUCCGAAGGAACUUACAGACAAUAUAUGAUAGACAGUGAAGAACCCAUUUCAGAGCCCACAACCAGUGAUGGUCCUAAAAGUAGGACUGAUAAUAAAGAUUCUUCAGUUGUGAUCUCCGAUAGCGAUGAUGCGGAACUGCAGGAAGAAAGUAUUUUGCCAAAAAAGAGACGCAGGCCUCCACCCCACCGAAAACCUUUGCCGGUCAAAAGAAAACUUGCACAAAUGACAGAGGAGGAACAACUGGCUUUGGCAGUACAAAUGAGUCAACAGGAGCAGGCAAAACCUGAAGGAUACACCCAAGAAGAAGAGGAUGAGCUGAUAAAGAAAGCCAUUGAAGAAAGUCUUCAUAGCUGUCAAGUUCCUGAUAUUCUCGUUAGUGCCACAAAAGAUGAGUUAACCAGUGGAGCAUCUUCAAGUCAUGAAUACUGUGAAAAAGAACCACAUUCCUCCAAGGAGUCUAAACCUUCAGGUGAAAUCUCAGCAAAAAGCCCAGUUGUGCGUUUGCAACGUUUAAGUCAAGAUAUUGUGGAAAGCUCGAGUGUCAUCUUGUCUCCUAACUGCAAGGAUCCUAUUUCAUGCAUUGAAAACUGUCUACAGUCUGCUCUGUCUCCAUGUACCAGUAGCAACUUUGUAAAAGCCUCCCCUGCUAAAGAACUUGCAUUAAGCCCCGUUUUUCCAAAGAAGUCCCCACGUCCAUGCAAACUGAUUCCUUGCAGACUGUUUCAGGAAAUAAGCCCAAGUGUUGACAGGCCAGUAGAUGACCUAGAUGACCAAUGCACACACUGCUCAGAGAGUCCCCAGAUAGACUCCUUGUCUAUGUUGCCUACCUCAUGCUCCCAAGGAGAAAGUUUAUAUCAAAAUGACUGCGGGAAGACAGAGACUUUUCAUACUGACAAAGCCAAAAAAUUGGACUGUGAGAAGGGCAUUGAAAGCUCUGAUUGUAGGGCAGGCAAGACGAAUCAAAGUGGAGGCACGGUUCACUAUUACUGGGGUGUUCCCUUCUGCCCGAAAGGUGUGGAUCCUAGUGAAUACACCAAAGUCAUACUAUGCCAACUUGAAGUGUACCAGAAGAGCUUGAAAAGUGCUCAGAGACAACUUUUGCACAAAAUGGAUUAUGGCCAACCGAUCCAUCUUACAGCUUCAAGUCGAAAAUAUUUCAAAGAGGACACUCAAGGCAGCGUCAGCCAAGAAGAUACCGAGGAGUGCGUAGCUGAGGACGACACACAGAAACCUGACGAAGAUGAGACAGAGCGUGAUGAUAAUUCUGACAGCCAAGAAACACAGUACCUAUCAAGUAAAAGGCAGAAGAUUUCUCAGAGUCUGGCACAGACGGGCCUGGAAAAUGACCAUUGCUCUUCAUCUCAGGAUGAGAACGAUAGCGUGAAGGAACUGCAGGAAGAAAGUAUUUUGCCAAAAAAGAGACGCAGGCCUCCACCCCACCGAAAACCUUUGCCGGUCAAAAGAAAACUUGCACGUAAGAAUUUAUUGAUGUUCAAAAUGUGA